AUGGACUGGAAACAGCGGCUUCACAGGGACGACCAACAUCUUAUUGAAGUUCUCGAAAGCCUGGUGCCGGAGCUUGAGCAGGCCCCCGGUGAUCUGGGUAGAUGCUUUCAGGUCUCUACUGAGACCCACAUGCUACCUAAAAUCAAUGAAGUGCUCGAGGAAUUGGCGAAAGAAGACCACGAACAGUUUGCGGACGGCCGUCAAGCACUUGGUGUUACCAUAGAGCCGACUACAGGCCAUGUACCGGAUCAAGGCGGUCAAGGUAUCAUCAAACAAGGAGAACAGGCUGAGGAUAAUGAAGAGAGUAGUGAUGAGGAUGACUGA